GGACCGGCAGGGGGUGAAUGGCCUCUGAAGCUGCUGAGGAGUACGUUCGUACGUAGAGAAGCCUGAACAACCUGCUUUCUCCCUCUAUUCAGGCCAGCAAUUGAGGCAUGGAACUUGGCAGCGGCAGUGAGUCCUUUGAAAUCCUGCAAUGCCCCAGCACCAACAAGCAUUCUGGGGCCUUAAGCCCUGUGCAGCGCGCGCUGAUCCUCGUUCUGUACGUUUAUGCAGGAACGGCCCUCCUCCCGGCGACUAUGCUCCGGAAGGUACACUGCUUACAGCCUGGUCUGGUGCAGUGUGUUCACAUUCUUGAGCCUCUACGGUCUACCUCACAUUGCCCUCACGCUGGCACGUUCGGCUUUCCCUGAGACAAAAGAGGACUCGAUCGCUUACAGCUACAGGGGCAACGAAACCCGGGGGUGGCUUGCGCUGAACACAGGUUGACCGGCAGAUCGGGUGCACGGAUGCUUUUCCAGGACCCCUCGCUCGAUCCUGAAUCCCUGGCCC